AGUCGUGCAACGCGAAGACUCCGGAAGGCGUUUCGUACCGGGAAGAUUCUUCUGAUAGGAAAACACGCACACAGUUUCCGUCUAUAACCUUCCACACCCGUACCCUAGGCCAGCUUCCUUCCCCAAAAUCCCAAUCCACGCAGGCUUCAGUUUCCGUCCCCAAUUCCCUCGCCACACCGCCGAUCGACGCAAAUAUUCACGCGAUGCCGAAGAAGAUGGGCGUCAACUCGAAGGCGGAGGCCGCCCGCGAGCGCCGCUCCGCCGAGGAGUCCGACCGCCGCCAGCGCGCCGAGCGCGCCAAGGAGGAAGAGUACUGGCGCGAGGCCGAGGGGUCCAAGUCCCGCGCCGCGCGCCGCAAAGAGGAGGAGGCCGAGAAGCGCGCCGAGGCCGCCGCCCGCAAGGCCGAGAACCGCCGCCUCGCCGAGGCGGAGGCCGCCGCCGCCUCGGCCCCGUCCAAGACCGACGCCCGCAAGGCCGCCCGCGUCGCCGCCCCGGCUCCCAAGGUCACGGAGGCUGAGCUCGUGCGCCGCCGCGAGGAGGAGCGGCUGCGCCUGGAGCGCGAGGCCGAGGCAGCCAAGAAGCGCGCCGCGCGCACCGCCGAGGAGGAGGAGUACGAGCGCACUAUCCUUGUCGCCAACACCAACAGGGACGACUCCAUUAUCGAGGCGUCGUCAGUCGACGAGGCCAUCGUUCGGAUGUCAAUCGUUGACUCAGAAGCAGCCUUACCUGCUGACAGGCACCCCGAGCGUCGCCUCAAGGCAUCCUUCAAGGCAUUUGAAGAGGCAGAACUCCCUAGGCUGAAGGAAGAAAAGCCAGGCCUGACACUGAAACAGUACAAGGACAUGAUAUGGAAGCUAUGGAAGAAAUCCCCAGACAACCCUCUUAACAAGGCAGCUGAGUGAUGAAGCAUUCGUAGUUUCCUAAUGGAACCGUAGAAUUUCCAAGGCAUCCAAAGGAUCUGAACGGCAACUGCAUCGAUAUCAUUGUUCAUGGACUGAAAUAUGUGGAGGAGCUUGAACCAAAGAUUUCACUUUUUUGGCUAAUAAUCAACUGAUUGAUGCAAUGUAUAUUGUGAGGCUUCAUGCUUUCGAUUAGAGAAUUUGUCCCGGUUUCCGUUGUAUUUAGAUAUGUUAAGGGGGCAUGUCAGUGCCUGAAUUUUUAACAAUCAGCAAUUUGGAACCAUGGCUGAUACAUGGUAACCAUUUCUUUGUC